AUGUCCGCAGACUCUCCCAGAGAUCCGACUCGAGCAACUAAAUUGUCUCUACCAAAAACAUGGUAUGCGGAGUCCGCUGAUGCUAUGGGCUCGAUGGGCAUGUUCCUCGCCGGGUUGGUACUAGUGUCCAGAAAUCGGUACCUGGCAUGGCCAGUAGCUCUACUCGCGCUCAGCAGCUUCAUGAACCAGCACCCUCUUCGAACAAAGGAGGGUGGAAGUACGCCGUGGACGGCUUUGAUGACGGCCACGUUUGCGCUAAUUGUGUCACACGCUGCGAUGUUCACAUUCACGGACCCCGCGACUGGAGCAAUCAAGUUUUCAUCAUAG